UGACUGGAGGUGAAGCGGUUUUCCUUUCCUCUCGUCAUCCCGGGAAACAUUGACGGACAGAUAGACUAACUGAGGUUUUGGAUUUUGACACCGGCUACUACUUGGUGAUGACAGCGGGAGGAAACGAAUUUUAAAAAAAACAAGCCAACGCCGACACAGACAUCCGACAGAAACCAAGAGUGCACAGUAACGCAGGGGAGAAACAACUUCCAGCGGUUGUGUUCACGGGGCGGUCUGCGGGGAGCUCUGGAGCUGUUGCCACCAGGAAGAGAUGGAGUUUUCGGAGGACUUCCUGCUGGCUCAGCUGGGUCACCUGCAGUUCGACAACGAGUCGAUUUUCCAGAACAACUUCAGUGGUUCUUACAACGAUACUGCCUUACUGCCAAUGGGGGUGAAAGUCACCAUUGUGGUCGUCUACAUGAUUGUCUGUGUCAUCGGCCUGGUGGGAAACUUCCUGGUCAUGUAUGUCAUCAUAAGAUACACUAAGAUGAAAACGGCCACUAACAUCUACAUCUUUAACCUGGCUCUGGCUGACUCUUUGUUCCUGGCUACUUUACCUUUCCAGGGCACCGAUGUGUUCCUAGGCUUCUGGCCAUUCGGGAACGCUCUGUGCAAGGCUGUGGUGUCUAUCGACUACUACAACAUGUUCACCAGCACCUUCACCCUGACAGUGAUGAGUAUGGACAGGUACGUGGCCGUCUGCCACCCUGUCAAAGCACUGGACAUGAGGACUCCUCACAAGGCCAAGGUGGUGAAUAUCUGUGUGUGGGUGUUGGCUUCUGCCUUUGGCGUCCCGGCCAUGGUCUUGGGAAAUGUAGAGGUGGAACCAGAGCACAACAGCGUUGAGUGCAUUGUGGGGUUACCUGAACCAAGGGAUCACUGGGACCCUGUCUUUGGAACCUGUGUCUUCCUCUUCUCCUUCCUUAUCCCUGUGGCAAUCAUCAGCAUCUGCUACAGCCUGAUGGUCAAGCGCCUGCGCAAUGUUCGCAUCCUAUCCGGUUCCAAGGAAAAGGACCGCAACCUGCGGCGCAUCACCAGGAUGGUCCUGGUGGUGGUGGCAGCAUUUGUCGUAUGUUGGACCCCCAUCCAGAUCAUGGUCCUUGCUCAAUCACUGGGCUUCAACCUGAGCAGCUUGUUCACGCUGGUUCUGAUGCACUUCUGCAUUGCGCUGGGCUACGUCAACAGCAGCUUGAAUCCUGUGCUCUACGCCUUCCUGGAUGAGAACUUCAAACGCUGUUUUCGUGAGUUCUGCCACCCGUCUCCAUUCCGUCUCGACACCCAGCAGUCUGGCAGGAUGAGAAGCAUUGCUAGAGAGGUGGCAGCAGCCUACAGCUACAAGGCUGGAGAUGGCGGGGGGCUUGGAGGAGGGACGCCUAAUCCAGCAUGACUAGGCGUGGAGCUCCCUUUGGUGGGGGUAGACCCCCAACAGAGGAGAGAGAACCAGGGAAAAGGGAACUCCAACACAGAAUUGACUCAAAUUACAGCUCUCUAGCGGCACGAGCCCCCCCGCCCCCCAACUAGAAGACUAGCCUGGGGUGGGGGGGAGGGAGAUGAGGAUGAUGGGGUAGAAAGGAAAAGAAUUUAGAAAUAAGAAUGGGGAUGACAACAUAAGACCCAUAGGGUGCUUGUAUGGAUGGAAGGAAAUGGGAUACGUUAAAAGUUUGGGUGGGAAAGGUGGUGGACAUAUGGGUUGGAUAUGGUGCCGAAUGACUUGGAACGAUCUUGGAAUGACUUUGGCCUUAACGCAACUGAGGCUGUCAGAUAUUUUGGAAUGGAGCUACAGAUAUUAGAAAACAUUAGUAAGACUUACUCAAGGAUCCAACUAUCUUGAGGUGGAUGUAAAAUCAAAAAGGUGACAGCAUUAUUUGUUUAUUGCAGCUCCAAAAACAACAUCCUUACUAACAGAAAUUGGAUCUACCAACUGAGGCUAGUACCCUGUUUCUGCAUCUCUAGGAAGAUGUCCGACUCUGUAUUUGGAUAAGAUAAGACAGGGGUAGACUUUUGGAGAGAGCAUUUAAACAGUAUGGGAUUAAUAAGCAGCUGCACAUAGCAGAAUCUCUGAAACCACCAUGCACUACUUUGGUGCUUGCAGAGAGAAUAUAAACAACAGUGGAAGCAUGGAUUGUGUCUAUCUGGCAGUAAGGACCACGGAUUGAAGACUUGCCAAGGAAGUGUAAAGCUUUCUGGAAGUGUGAAAUGGAGAAUAAACUCUUUCACUACAGUUUAUUGUAUCUUAAUCUGUUGAUGUUUCAGACUAAAGAACUUCAUGCCAUGAGUGGUGGGAAGCAGUGGACAAAACGCAAAUUCAGUCUGAUCUGAUCCGAUCUCAGUAUGGGGUCUUUAUUGUGAUGGUUUCUCUAAAAAUUGGUCUACAUAAUGAUAAUAUGCUGCUGAGCCAUUAUUAGGACUUCAAUGGACACACGCAAGUGUAAUUUGAUAUCUGCGACUGUAGACAGGAAGUUGGAUGUAAUAUCUGCAAACAAUAGAUGGCAUAGGGAAAAUAACAAUGUGCAACAAGCUACUCUUGAGCAGUAUUUCUUAAACUGUGUCUAUGGACCCAGAAUGGGUCACAUGAAUGUUAUUAGGAGCAACAUUUCUUAAUGUGUCCUGAAACAAAAUAAGCCUGGGAAAUCCUGUCCUAAAACAAGUUUCCUAGAAUUUUUGUGAUUUUUGAAAACUUUCUAUGACCACCUGUGAGGUGUUGGAAAUUUAGAGUUGGGGAGGGGGGAGGGGGAUAUUGUAACCUGAAAGAACAGCAAAAACUCAAGCCUAGUAAGGGUAUAAUCGCGUUAUUCCUUUUCUUCUUCCUGCUGUGUUUUAAGACACAAAAUGAAGGACAGUGCCUGUCUCUGGUGGGUCCACACAUGUCAAUUAGCCUGUAUCUCAGGAUAUAUGUACCCAUAUAUCGUUAGUCGCUCUGACUUGAAACGUUAUAAACAUAAUCUUUUAACAUGACCUGGGCAAAUCUAAAGUGUAUACUGUAUAUACGUGGAUGUCUUACAAGACAUCUGAAAUGUAUAAUUUACUAGAUAACAAUGAAGCGAUUAAUGAUAAUGGAUUUGUUUUGCCUAAUUGGAAUAAAGAUUGAAAAACAAUCCUCAUAUAUUCAUCAUAUGCUUACCAGAUGGUAUUUACAACACAUCUGUGAUUGUACCAUUGAAACAGACAUUUCUUGUGGAACUUUUCAGGACAAUGUGCCUUUAAAAAUGAAAUGAAUAUAAGGAAAUACACAUUACACCAAACAUGAUGGCAGGGCCACACAGUCUGCCUUGUGUUCGCUAAUAUAAACCGUUAAAGACAUUCUCCCCAGAACUACAAUUGGCAAGUUGAGACAACAUUGCCAAAGGUAGAUGAAAUAAAGAAAAAAAGAUUCUAGCUCUUAGCAUAUUGUAGGUAAGUAAGUACAAACAGAAACCAAAAUAUGUUUAAAGACCAGAUUUUGGCCUCUAUAAAUAGUACAUUUCAUAAUGUAAAAAUUAGGUGUUUUGUGAUUUUUGGGGAGGAGGGGUUAAAAGAUCUAAUAAAUUAUGUAGAAGUUCAGUGUCCUGCGAUGGACUGGCGACCUGUCCAGGGUGUACCCCGCCUUUCGCCCAAUAUAAGCUGGGAUUGGCUCCAGUCCCUCAUGACCCUGUAAGCAGGAUAAGCGGUUGGCGAUGGAUGGAUGGAUGGAAGUUCAGUGUUCGCUGUUUACACUUUUUUCUUGAGCUGGAACUUCCUAUUGUAACGUUAGCUGAUUCUGGCGCCUUGUGACUAUGAAAGUGGUUAUCAAAACCCUGAAUUCUUUUACCUACUGCAGAAAAAUACCACAUUCCUUCUCGCACAAACUUCUCCACAGUGAUUCAGUUUUUCUGUAUCAUCACUGUCUUUUGCAAAGCUUAGUCACACUUUUGACUACCUCCGGCCUGCCAUACUGUUAACACUCUAUAUGAGCAUUGAUGCCUUCAUAACAGGGGAUGUAGAAUGAAUUUUACUAGUUUAAAUAAACCAAAGGUUGCUUUAAGGAGAGUUGAAUUGUAGAGCUCAUUUUAAAGGAAGGUGUGAUUCUUAUAAAUGUGUCUAUAGUUCUAAUUCCAAAUCAUGUGUUUGAUACCCAGCCCUGAUGAUCUGUUAGGUACUCAGCUGGUAACUGGCCAACAACUGAAGUUCUGUCUGUUUUUAUGGUAACAUUUCAAUUUGAUGAUACAUUUUAAGGAUAAUGUUAGUUUAACCCCAUCUAGUAGUAGUUAUUACUCAUUUCACUCAAGCCACAAAAACUGACCCACUGUGGAAAGGAAACAUCUAAUAUAAUGAUGAGUUUGUCUAAGUGAACAUGUUAGAGGAUUAUAAUCACAGAUGUGCUGUUUUUAUCAGGUUUGUAGCUGUGGUCUGGGGAAUAAGAAGUGAAACUGGGUUUCCCGAACAACCGGGGUCGAGGUUGGGUUUGGGAGUGGUGAAAUACGGGUUUGACAUAUUUUAAGGUUGGGACAUUUACAUUGGGCGGGGUUGGGUAGGGGUGUUAUCAGUGAAUCAUUUUGACUCUCAGCAACACAGUGGCAAAGCAGGAGGAAGGGGUCACAGUGCUCUGACCCCACUCCAAGGGACAAAGGGGCUCUCUAUCUUCUUAGUGUCUUAAAGUGGAAAUCAAACUGUCCUGGUUUUAAGAAUGAACAUGUGGAUUCUGUUUUAGAGUUGGUGUCCCCUUUAGUUUUAUAUUUGUGUCUCCAUAUAAUUUGGAUCAGUUUGAUGUACAUACUAAACAUAUGUGUGGGGGGAGGGGGUUCAAUUAUUUUUUAACAUGAUGAGUUUCAGGAUAGCAAGUUGACACUGUUGUCAUGAAGGGUCAUGGUUUGCUCUCAGAUUUAUAGCAUAUAAGUGAAGUUACAGAAUGUUUUUACACACAAAUCAAAUUGAUUUGUGUGUAAAAACAAAUACAUUUGUUUGCUGCAGCUACUCUUUGCAGCACAUAUUAAUUUUGUUGUUAAUUUUCUUCAUAUUGUCUUCUUUUGUUUGAGGAACAAUUCUAUGAACUUACAUUGCCUUAAAUAUCAAGUGAAGUCUGUUACCGAAGCUCGCUCUCCGGCUGGAUAAAGUGUGUUUAGUUUUUACUGGUGCUUCGCUGUUAGUUUAUACUAGUCCAGACCUGUAUUCAUAAAGCCUCUGAGGACAGGAGUCAUCAGGCCAGAGACAAGAGUCAAUUAAAUUUUGAGUUUGUAUUUCUUUAACUAAUUGUCUUUAACCUUAAAGCUAAAUAUAGUGUAAUCUACCAUUUGGCAUUUUAGGGAAGUGGACAGUUUUCACCCUUCUUCUCCCUUAAAGUUUGUUCAAUAAAACUGUAAGCUGUCACUUUGAUUCUUACCUUUGCACCGUACCAAAGUAACCCACAUCUGCUAAAAUGUAAACUGAGAUGAUGGAAAUGGAAAGCCAAAAUAUAUUGAUGAAGCGUGGAUUAUACCAUGUUCGCAUAAAAAGCUCAAUUUUGAUUGGCUAACAGGCGUCAGCUAAAACUGUACAUGUGGAUACAACAAACAUUGCAACAACAAUAACAACAGUUUAACCUCAGUUCUAAAUCAGUAUACAUUGGAUAUUAAACUGCAUGUAUCCAUGGAAACAGUUCUUUUGACAGUUGCAACUUACCAACAGUCAGCUCUUACAAUGGGUUCAAGUGACUACAUAGACCACAUGUCACCCCACUCACUCAUCAAAUUUGAUUGUCAGAUUUCAUCCAAAAUAUAAUAUUUUCUGAAAAAAACAUACGACAGAUUACAGAUUAUAUUUUCGAUAUUUUAAUCUCAUCUAAUUAACUUUCUCUGAUGAAGCUAACCUUGGAUAGAACUGUGUAGCUUGAAUAAAUUGAUGAUGACUUCAACUCAGCUCCUUAAGCCAAUACCAUAAACAUGACAAGACACACAGGGUUUCGGAAAAUAUUGGACUCGGAUUUGCCUCCAAAUGGUGCAUUAUCUUAUAUUGAGAUUUACCACAUUCACAAGGUGUCCAAUACUACCUGCAUAUCCUAAACAUUUUUUUUCAAGUCACUGUUGAUGUUUUGCAAUUGUGCAAAGUGAAGUGAAUUAGGUUGCAAAUCAUCAGCAGUGGACUUGGAGGGAAAGUGGGGUUUUGGAGGGCUAUUGGUGUAAAUAAUCAGGGAGUGAAACUUUGAUUGCUUAUUACCAAGGUUUUUCAAUAUAUAGGUUGGCUUUGUGAGUCUUGUCUUUAUCAGGUAUAAUGCCAUAAAUUAUUGAAAAUGUUAAUGCUAAUAUUAGCUCUAAAUAAUUAUUAGCACUGUUAACUGGGUGUGAUUAGAGCUCUAUGUGACUGCCAUACCUCUGGUAUCCUUGAUGAUCAAGUCUGUCUGUUCUGUUCUGAGAUAGUUUUAUGAAUACUGGUCGUCUUUUGUACAACCUAGCAGACUUUGUGUAGGAAAAAUGGCAAGUACACUGGCUUCGACAUGAUUCACCUUCAUGAAGAUAUGCUAUAACGCAGCUGUGAGGCUCUUUGUGCUUAACUGUCACUGUUAAAACUGAAGACACAAUGAUAUUUUGUAUUACUGGUUGGUGUUUUUUUGUAGCACAAAACUACAUAAAAAGGACUCCAAGAGGGUGAAAUCCUUCUGUUUAACAAAGCAGAGUGAGCAUAAUUAUACUGUCUGUUAGCUAUGUAUAAACAUUUUCUUUAAUAUGACACUUGCGUAAAAGUAUUAACAUAGUUCUGAUUAUCAUUUAACAUCUGACCUCUUUCUCUUGUUAUUCUUGGUGUAUAAAUAAAACUAUAUCUCACCAACCGUAAUGGUACGUAUUGUUACCUCCGUGCAUCCGAAUGCAGGGAGAUUCCUAUCAUUCGUUUACAUUUUACAGACCACAUGAAUGUCAAAUGAAAAACCUGUUGAAAAAUCCAAAUCUAGGAAGAAAAAAAAAACUUACAAUGUUGAUGUUAUUCGUAUUAUUGCUAUCAAAUAAUAAAAAUAGUAUUGCAUUAGUGUUUUUUGCUUUGUGGGAGACUGUCUGGUAUGUAGCUAUGUAACACUUGUGGACUGUAUUGUGCUCACUGCCUGAGUCAUGAAAUUAAACAGUUCUUACCACUCAAAAAUGAGGUUUCUUCAACAGGAGUUGUUGCUGUCAAGGCCCCAUUUCCUAAAACUUGUAUCAACUUUUUCCAACCACAAAUCCACUCACACAAUAUGGCCGAGAUCACUACACUUCUUAUUUCACUUUAGGUAUUGUUACUAUGUCAGAACAUCAGCUAAAUUCAAAAAUUUUAUUUAAUUACACAUCUGUUUAGAUAUUAACUGAUGCUAUCUAGUCAUAAUUUACAAUUAGUAGUGCAAUGUCAAUAUUGGUUGUGAUUGGUUGGGGUCAGCUGACAGAGCUGUUUCUAUCACAUGACUCUGGCUGUAGCUACAUAAACUUACUUGUUCCUGUCCUGCAGAUGGCAGACUGAACUACUAUGCUAGCUGGCUUGUUGUCAAUGCAUAAAGACUUUUUGCUGACGCUUGAAUUUUAAAUUGUAUAUUUUUCUCUGCUUAUGAAAUGAAUAAAAGAAUAAAUAAAU